UCUUGUCGUGGUACCGGUUCUGAUAGUUAAGGUAAGUUUUCUAUUUUUAAACUUAUCACGUCUUUGCCAUCUCAGCCUCACGCAGUAUUUCUCAUCACAUGUUGAUGACGUCGACUCCCGGAACAGGAUCCAGGGUAUAUUUAUUGAACCUUGACCAGGUGAAUUGUGUACAUCAUAGUAUGAAGCGGAUUCAUAUACGAUGGGGCGUGCUACGACUUAUUAUAGGGUGUGCUUUAGUGAUCAUCAUCCUUUAUAAACUGAUCGAUAUCGAAAGCAGAAGGAACGAUUACAAAUACACAGUAACAUCAGAUCAACAAACCAAGUAUCCAAACCCUAGGGGUACACUUAAGGAUGAGAGCGUCAUCGCAACACGGAAAAUGCGCAUUAGGAAGUUGUUACAGCUUUCUGCACAGUCACUGCUGGAAGCUAACAUGCACAUUCGUUCAAGUAAGGCCAAAGGGGCAAUGCUUAAAGCACUAGAUCUAUUCAAAAAUGUUUUAAAGGAGUUCCAUAUAGACGUUCCAUCAAGAAAUAGGAAAUCGAACAGUACUUGUCCCGAAGUAUACCACGGAACCUCAUUCGGAUACCCUUUCUUCCACACGGGGUUUGCAUUUGAGAAUUGUAAAAACCGAGUUCCUGUGGAAGAUUUGGUCAGCAUCAUCAUAAUAUGUCAGGAAUCACAUCACACCCCACUCUCCGUGGAUAAGUUAGUAAGAUCUAUUCAAGUACACAACAGAAAUGUAUCUGUAAUAGUUGCUAUAGCUUCCUCUAAAAAACCAUCGGACUUCAAGCAGCUUGGGAAUAUCAACAUUGUAUGUUUCGGCCACGAAGUUUCUCCUGGAGCAAUGCUGAACAAGUUUGCCUCAUUGGUCAGUACAAAGUAUACGCUCAUUGCACGUGACUUGUUGAGACUGGAUCGUGACUCGCACAUAGAAAGAAUGGUCAGAGAAAUAGAAGGCUUAAACGCAUCUGUGGUAGGUGGCGCCACCCGAGACGAAAAUGGCUAUUGGAGAAAGGGAUGUCAUCAAAUGGUGUACCAGAAUUAUACCCUCGUGCUACAAGACGGCUACACAAUGUCUUUACACGAGUGCAUCCAGUGUGAUUUUAUAGAAGGCCCAUUUCUCAUCCAGACUGAACUUUUCAAGAAUGUGCGGUUCGAUGAACACAUCAUUGCAUCUGGGUUCAUGGAGGAUUUCUUUCUGAGACUUCAACAUGAACAUCAUGCUACUUCUUUUGUCUGCCCUGACACCAUGUUUUAUGUGGCCAAACAAUUAACCAACCUUCAUAAAGACGACUGGAAAAUGUUCGGCAGAAAAUGGAACAUGCGGCGAAUUAUUUUAUCGAUGGGACAGGAAAUAAAUAUCGAUUGUCCAAUUGAUUAUAAAUGUUUAUUUUGGAAAGGAUUUUCCGUUUCACCUUGUUGCUUGGAGGAGCUUGCAAGUUUGGUUAAAUUCAUCAUGGAGUCCUGUCGCAAGAGAAACCCAAAUGGACAGAAGACGGUGUUGCAACUGGUGGUAAAAUAG